UACACUAUUGUGGCCUUGAUUUAACUUGAUAUUCUAAGUGGAUAUUCGUCGUAUCGAAACUGAAAGAAAUUCGGAAAAGCCACAAAAAGACUCAAAUGUACCUAAAAGAUGUCACUGUCUUCCACUUGCAUUGAACACACUUCAGAAGAAAUUAGAUUCUAUUGCGAAGAAUGCAAUGUUUUUGUGUGUGACGAUUGUGUAACAGCAGCAGGGAAACAUAUUAAAUGUAUCAAAAUUAAACUUAGUGAAUAUGGUGCCAAGAACAAACAAAUUUUGAUUGAAAAUGUGGAAGAAAUAACUGACAAAAAUCUCCCACGUCUGAAGGAAACAUUGGAACUUGCAACAAAAGUUAAAAAAUCUUUUAACAAAUCAGCGGAUGAAAAUAUUACUGAAAUUCGUUCAAAAACACAAGUAAUAGAGACAAUUCUUCAUGAAUUGCAAGAAGAAACUAUACGACAAAUUGAUGAAUCGAGGCGACAAGCAAACAUAAAAUUUGAUGAAUUUCUUAAUCAUCAUCAAACUCGAUAUAACAAAUUAGUGCAAAUAACAGAGAAAGUCCAGCAACAAAAAAACGACAUUCAAUCUUCAGAUGUUGUAAAAUUUGAUUCCGAAAUGAAAAAAAUGUUACAUAUCGAACACGACUCGGAAACCAUCCCGAAACUAGAACCACCCUGUUUUGAAAUAAAUGAACAAUAUUUAACAAAAGCAUUUUAUCAGGAUAUUUUUCAAUGCAAGAAUAGAAAAGAUGAAGAGAAAGCAGAACCGUGUACAUAUAAGAAAGGUAUAGAAGAACCAAACUCCUCUUCAGAUUGUAUAGAACUUGUCUCGUCUGCAAAAGAAAUCAAUUCAGGUUUAGACAUGAAUGAACAAGGCACAGAUACGAACUACGACGAGAAUUCAAGUGACAUAUACGUGUCAAACUCGGCAAACAAAGGAGAUACGAAAUCAAGGGUUUCAGUAGUUCAUAACAAAGACUUAAACUACAAGAUGAUUAAAUCUUUCAAAUGUGAAAGUGCUGUUACUUUGAUUGUGCCGAAAACAAAUGUUUACGAGGCUUGGAUUAUAGGAGUUGAUAUCUGCGAGGUUAAUUUGAAGCAAUCACCACAAUCAACAAUACUCCUUUCGUGUAUAGAUGGAGUACCCUUUACAGCUGGGAAAAGUCAAAAGCAUGGUUUACUUAUAGGUCUUAAAAACAGGAAGACCAUCAAACAACUUCAAACAGCGACUGGAACACUAAGAAGAACUUCGGACGUGUGCAAAUUAGUUUCUCAUAUAAAUGCACAUGCUCAGCAUUUGUCAGCUAUUUGUACAGUGUCAACACCUGCAGAGAAAGAGAAAGAUAUCGCGGUACUACUACAUGACUACCAAUUGACAGGAAGUAAAGAAAAGGGAGCAGUCGUUCGAUGGUAUUCUGGUAAGAAAUUAAAAACGAAUGACCUUAACAUUAGCAACAAUGUUGAAAUUGAAAAUCCAAUAUACAUGGAUGAGUUUACAAACGGUAACAUUUGCAUUACGUGUGCGCCGGACGAUAAAUCGUCGUGGAUACAGCUUCUUGAUAAACAAGGGAAUCACAAGAUGAGGUACCCACCAAAAGAUGAAAAAUCAGUUGGGGAGAACAAUGUAUAUUCAUUCAUUGGUGCUGGAUUUCUAAGAGAUGGUCGUAUUACAAUUUUGGAUCGCGUGAGCUUCCGUCAGCACCUUUUAGAUGCAAAUGGAAAGCUUAUCAAAAUAGACCAAUACCAAAACCAACCAUCAUCUUUUGCUGUUGACUUAUACGACAACAUUUGGAUAGGAUUUGACGACGGAACAAUUCAAGUGAUGGAAUAUAAGGACGGAUGGUAUGAGGACAUUGAAAUUAAUGAUUAAUAUAUUCAAUUUAGUUAUAUAUUUUUUUUAAUUAAUUACUUAGUUCUUGGUACUAACAGUAGAAAUACUCAUGACUAUUGUGCGAACCUCCAAAAUAUGUAUGAAGUUGUUAUAUUUUGAAUUUUAGUAAAGAUGAGAGUAAUGGCAUUAGAUAUAUACUGCGGAAAAUGAUGUAUAUGCAUUUGUAAUUGUUGGUUUUUGUUCAAGCUUUAAGGUGGUACCUAGCACUACAGGUAGAUAACUCUGUAAAAUCAGCUUAACGUUUCAAUCACGUUGUAUUUUUAAAGAAAUACAAAUGUAUUAAGCUUCUCAAUGAUUAAAAUUAGUGAUUGUCAAAAUGCUAUAUAUCCAACCAAUUUUUUCCGAGGAAGUGAUUGGUUCAAGUUUUUUGAAAUUUUUAUAAUUUUAUCGGGAAUAGUGAACGUACUUCAGCCCGGUUUUUAUCAAAGGGUCAAAGUAACAUUUUGUCAAAAUUUUAUGAAAAUUAAACGAGCCAAAUUAGUUUUAUUUAAAGUGUUGGGUAACACCUUAAAUAUAUUGCACUACAUUAUUCUUCUGUAUAUGUUACAGCUUGUAAUAUGAAUGAAAUGAGAUGUGGAGAAUAAUCUAAUAAGGCAUCUAUCUUUCAUCUCAACAACACAAUAAAGGAUAACAAUUGAGCAACACUUGGUCUUCCACAACAUACCAUAUGUUUAUAAACAAAUUGCCCCAAAAAUUGCGAAAAUUCUCUUAUUUUAGAAAAAAUAUUGAAAAAACAAAAAAAUGAAGAUGAAAUAAAAGACAACUACUGACGAAGUUCUUCACCUGAGAUAAGUACACUAAAAUAUUUGAAGUGUUAAAAAAAAUCAACUCCAUGGAAUAUUCUAAACGAAAAGUCCGUUAUUAAAUGGAAAAGUCAAA